UUUCCCAACCCUUCACUCCAAAACCCCUUUUUCAUUUAAAUAAACCAAAUUUCUAUCCAAAAAAUAUAACAUUAAAAUUGAAAUAAAAAAUCAGGGUUUUGGAUGUUGUUAAUUCCUUCUUAACGAAAUGAUUAAUAUUAAUUCACAAGAGUUGAAUUAUUUAGUCUACCGUUAUCUUCAUGAAUCAGGUUUUACACAUACCGCCUUCACAUUAGGUUAUGAGGCUGCACUGAAUAAAAGUUCGAUAGAUGGAAAUGUAGUUCCGCCGGGUGCUCUUGUUACAUUUGUGCAGAAAGGAAUUCAGUAUCUUGAGUUAGAAGCAAAUAUAACAUGUAGUGAUACUGAUAUGGAUGAAGAUUUCUCUUUUAUACAACCUAUUGAUCUUAUCACAAAGGAUGUAUAUGAACUACAACAAAUGAUAAAAGAAAAGAAACAAGGUCUUCAGAAAGGUAAAAGCAGAGAAAAGAAUAAAGAGAAUAGUACUUCAGCCCGGGAGCAUGAACAAGAACUUGCUAGAGAACGGGAGAAAGAACUUGCCAAAGAAAGAGAGAGAGAAAUUGAGCAGGAACUUCUUAGAGAAAGAGAAAGGGAACGCAGCCAUGCUCGAGAGAAGGAGAAAGAGCAGGAACGACAACAUGUUCGAGAAAGAGAAAAGAAAAUUGAACUUGAACACCAACGAGAAAAAGAGAAGGAAAAGCAACAAAGAGACAAAGAACGGGAAUUGGAGAAAGAGAAGAUGGAGAGGGACAGGGAAAGGGAAAGGGAAAGGGAAAGGGAAAGAGAUAGAGAUAAGGCUAAACACAAAGAAAAGAAGAACGAGGAUAUUGAUGAUGGUCGAUGUGAUGAUGAUAAGAUGCAAGUUAAACGUGAAGAAACUGUGAAGGAAGAAGUAGGAGCGGAACCGAUGGAAAUUGACACCAACUCGACAUCAUUGUCUUCUCUUAUUCCCAACUCUGAUGUGACCGUUUUAGAAGGUCAUACUUCUGAGGUUUUUGUAUGCGCAUGGAGUCCAGCUGGUUCCCUUUUGGCAUCCGGGUCUGGAGAUUCAACCGCUCGAAUUUGGACCGUUGGUGAUGGCCCUUGCAGUUCUAAUUCACAAAAGGGACCUUUAGAUGUUGCUGUAUUAAAGCAUUACAGAGGUAGAACAAAUGAUAAGAGCAAGGAUGUAACCACACUCGACUGGAAUGGUGAGGGUACACUACUUGCAACUGGCUCUUACGAUGGACAAGCCAGAAUAUGGACUAAAGAUGGGGAGUUGGUAAGUACUUUAACAAAACAUAAAGGGCCAAUAUUCUCUCUGAAAUGGAACAAGAAAGGAGACUAUCUUUUAAGUGGAAGUGUAGAUAAAACUGCAAUUGUAUGGGACAUUAAGACUGGAGAAUGGAAGCAGCAGUUUGAAUUUCAUGCAGCUCCUACUCUUGAUGUUGAUUGGCGUAACAAUGUAUCAUUUGCAACGUGCUCGACAGACAACAUGAUAUAUGUUUGUAAAGUUGGAGAUAAUCGACCAGUGAAAACUUUUGCGGGACAUCAGGGCGAAGUUAAUGCUAUCAAAUGGGAUCCUACCGGCACAUUUCUCGCUUCAUGUUCAGAUGAUUCCACUGCGAAGAUAUGGAGCGUGAAGCAGGAUGACUGCGUGCAUGAUCUAAAGGAGCAUACAAAGGAGAUAUACACCAUCCGAUGGAGCCCCACAGGUCCAGGAACAAACAACCCUAACCAGAAGUUGGUGCUCGCAAGUGCAUCAUUUGACUCUACAAUAAAGCUAUGGGAUGCGGAUACAGGGAAUCUCCUCCACAGUUUAGUUGCCCACGGGGAUCCUGUAUAUUCUGUUGCGUUUAGCCCAAACGGGGAGUAUUUGGCCAGUGGAUCAUUGGACAAAUGCAUGCACAUAUGGUCUGUGAAGGAAGCAAAGGUAGUGAAAACUUAUGUGGGAAGUGGUGGGAUAUUUGAAGUUUGCUGGAACAAAGAAGGCGACAAGAUCGGUGCCUGUUUUUCAAAUAAUGUAGUUUGUAUCCUAGACUUCCGCAUGUAAUUUUUUUCUUUCUUUAUUGAUCAUUAAAACUACCCCAAGAUUGUUUCUGUAAGCGUUCAGUUGUAGGUAUAUUGGUAUUAAAUUUUAGCAUUGGUUAGUUUAACAUGUCAAUGUGGUAAACAUUUACCUGCAAUUUACAUAUGGUGUUUAAUAGGAAUUGUAGGCUUGUAGCUA